CUUCUCUCCUCAAACAAGAUCAAGUUAACUUUACGUAAGCCAUUAAUUCACAGCUUUUUUUCUUUGUUUCUGAUACUAGAAAUGGCAUUCUUGAGGAGUCUUUUUGCUACUAAGCAAAUAAUUCGUCAGUCUCUUUCUACUGAAUCAUCAACACCGAAAGGUUUCUUAGCUGUCUACGUUGGAGAAAGUCUGAAGAAGAAGAGAUUUUUUGUUCCGGUUUAUUACUUGAGCAAACCAUCUUUCCAGGCUUUGCUGAGGAAAGCAGAAGAAGAGUUUGGCUUUGAUCAUCCAACCGGUGGUUUAAGCUUACCAUGCGAUGAAGCUUUCUUCUUCGCUCUUACUUCUCAAAUUCGUUGAGCCUACACAAUAAUCAAGCUGUUUAGGAGGAAUAUACAUUGUAAAUAAACUACACUUUAAUAUUUUGAAGUCGUGGAUAUAUGUACCUAUGCUGAAACGAGAGAAUAAUUCAACAUAGUUGAAAAGGUAAUUCAAUAGAAUAUUGUGCUUUCGAUUUCCAUACUCUCUUUACUCCAUAUUUUAAAUGCAGUCAAAUUAUACAC